CUUUAUAAAUUAUGUUGGGAUGAAAAUCCUGAAAAACGCCCAACCAUAACGUCAGUUCUUGAAGCCUUAAAAGAGUUUGAAUCAGAGGAUUAUUUGUCAGAGGAUCAGAAAUUGGUGAAGGCAUGGAAAUUAAAUUAUGGGCUGUAUCUUGCUGGAAACAAUUUUAUUACGAGCAAUAAGAUAAUCUUAGGCUACAAUGAAAAAUUAGAUAUUAUUACAUAUUCAGGUGAACCAUUGGUGUAUGAAGUAGUUAAUGAUAGUUUAAAUAAACCAAAAUCAUUCUGGAGUAAAUUGCGAGAUACUUAUCCAAAAAAGCUUUCAUCGACAAAUGAAACAGCAAACAAAAUAAUUUCUGAUGCAGACAUAUGCAUUUUAUUCCCAAUCGCUGUGAUUAAAUACACUGGGUCAAUUAGCAAAAAUUUUGAUUCAAAUUUUAAAAAUGAAUAUGGUCAUUUUAUUGCUAGGAAACUACUUGCUGGAGGAAAGUUGAUUAUUAGAAAUUUCACUAAAGCAAACUCCAUUCAAGUUGAGAGCUUAAAAUCACAUUUGGUGUGGACGCUUGAUGCAUCUAAUUUACAGAAAGAAAACCCAUUUAAAAAUAUAGUUUUCGAUUUUCCUAUUAUUGAAACAACAGAACAAAAGUUCCUAAAAACAUCAGAAGAUUUAAUAAAAUGGAUGAAAGAUUUAUACGAGGACAAUACAGUUGAAAUAAUAUCAUACGAAGAAGUUGUUCCGAUUUACACAUUUCUAAAAAAUAAAGAACUUAUUGAGACAUUUACUAAUCGUCUUGUUCCUGAAAUUUCUGAUAUGCAUGAAGAAUUAACUUUUAAAGAUUGGAUUAGUGAUUUAGCAUCAGCAUAUUUGCUUACAUGGAUUGAUAAAUAUCAUUUUCAUAAAGGAAUAUUAAUUGACCAGUUUGGAAUCUCUCCGACUAAAAAGAGUGCAGCAACUUUUACGUCAAGAACAACUGUUUCUAAAAUUGAUGACCAUUGUUUGCAAAUUAUUCAGCCAAAAACUAGUGUGGAAGAAAUUCUAUCAGAAAAUAAUAUCGAUCAUGACUCAAGUUUAAUUUCAUUCAUAGAACAAAGUACCAUUAUUUUAGGAAAAAUGGAACCAACUGACACUAGUUAUUUAUUUUUGCAAAAUAAAAAAAUUAAAAUUUCUAUUGAGAACCGAUGUUUCAUACCAUUACCUAAUUUUAUAAAAGCCAUGGAGGAUGCCCUCAAUGAUAUUAAACCAUAUAAGGCGCUUCGAAAAGUAUUUGAAGAAUUUGGGUAUUUUUUACCAAGAACAAUUAUUUUAGGAAAUCAAAUUAAAGAAAGUUUUUAUAAUUCUACCGAUAAAUCUAUUAAUCCUUUUAAAAAGCAAUUUACUGCAACAUCGCAAGAUGACAUUGACAAAGUAUUUAAGGAAGAAAUAAAAUACUUUGUUGAUAAAAAUUUAUUAACUUCAAAUGGACAGAUAAUAGAACAAAAGCAAAUAUUUAAUUGGUUUAGUAAAUAUGGCAAUGAUGAUAAACAUUUUAAAAUUAUUGGAAUGAAUCUUGUGCCAACAUAUAAAAUUUUGGAAGACAAAUUACAAAAUGAAGUUGAAAUUAUCUUAAAUAAUAGACUGGAUCUAAAAGUUCUACUAACAGGCAUUAAAGCUAUUAAUGUAAACGAAUAUCAUACUGAGACACAUUUUAGAAUAAAUUUUGAUAAAUCUUUUGAUAGCAAUUCAUUUGAUGUCUUUGGACUCGUCAUCGACAAGCAUGGUGUUAAAUUGGAAAACUGUGUAGUGCGAUUUGAUCUUUUUGAUUUUUACGGGUUUUCAGCAUUCGUAACUUUUGAUCAGAAUAAAGAAUGGGAUAUUGAAGAGCGGUCCAUUAUCUGGAUGGUAAUUGGAAGACCCGCAAAAUUGGGCGUUUUUUCCAAAGUUCAUUGUGAAACAAAGAUUACUUGUUAUAAAACAAACGAUGAGGAUAUAAAGUAUGAUAACAGCUUUGUAUUUAUAACUAUGCCAUUUUCAUUGGAAAAAAAUUGCAUUAUUUCAUUUGUAGCAUCAUAUUCAGCCUCCAAUAAUCCGCCAAAGCAAAAUUUUAGGUUGCUUGAAUGGUCCAAUAAAGCUCUUAAAUUGGAGAUUAUUAGAAUAUUUGAUAAAAAGAAUUCAAUUGAAAAUCUGCCGCAAUACCCACAAAACUUUCUUAUCAGUGUUAUUUUUCCUAAUAAUAUAGAAUUUAAAGUUGAUAUUGGUGAAGAAAAAUCUGUUACUUACAAUUCAUUCGGACAAAUUCUAAAUAUUAAAGACUAUAAUGGGCUUUAA